AUGCGGUUUCUAUGUUUGCACGGUUGGGGCACUAACUCACAGUUUGUCGAGGGGCAUCUAGCUUCAGAGAUGUUCCCGGAGCUUCGGGAGGUCACCUCAUCGACAGACGAAUUCUUCUCGUACGCCGACAUCGAGGAUAUGGACAGUUGUCUGAGGGCUCUUGAAUUGCUUGAUUCCUAUGUGACUGCAGAGGGCCCAUUUGACGGUGUCCUAGCCUUCUCACAGGGAGCAAUCAUUGCCGCUUCGUACCUUGCGAGGAGAAGACAACUGGGUCAGCUUUCGAAGAAGUCAGCUCUCCCUUUUAAAUGUGCCAUCUUCUUCUCCGCACCCGCCGUAUACAGAAUCGAGAACGGUCAGCUCCGGGCCAUGACGCGGGAUGUGGACGGCGAGAUGAUUAACAUUCCCACGGCGCAUAUUUGGGGCUCCAAUGAUACGACUAUAAACGGGCAGGCAAUAAGCGAUCUAUGUGCCUCGGAUACAAGGGAGAUUUAUGUACACGAAGGAGGGCACGAAGUCCCAGGAGCUCGUAUGAAUUCCGCAGUUAAGUCGAGUGUUCAGAUCAUUCGCAGGGUCAUUUCGAUGGCUAGUUAUGAGCAGUAA